AUGAAGCAGCCAAUAGCGGUGGAGGACGUGGAGCGGGAGGUGAAGAUCCUGCAGCUGCUGUCCGGCCAUCCCAACGUGGUUCAGUUUAUCGACGUGUUCGAGGACACGGAACUCGUGUACAUUGCCAUGGAAUUGUGUGAAGGAGGAGAGCUGCUUGACAGGAUUCUGGGCAAGAAGGACAACCGGUACUCGGAGAAGGACGCGGCUAGCGUGGUGAGGCAGAUGCUCAACGUGGUGGCCCGCUGCCACCUCAACGGCGUCGUGCACCGCGACCUCAAGCCCGAGAAUUUUCUGUUCGCCAACAAGACGGAGGAAUCCCCUCUCAAGGCCACCGACUUUGGCCUCUCGGACUUCAGAAAGCCAGGCAAGCACUUCACGGAUGUGGUGGGCAGCGCCUACUACGUGGCUCCUGAGGUGCUCAAGAGGCGGUCGGGGCCGGAGAGUGACGUGUGGAGCAUUGGCGUCAUCACCUAUAUCCUGCUGUCAGGCAGACGACCGUUCUGGGAUAAGACAGAGGCUGGCAUUUUCAAUGAGGUGCUGAAGAAGAAACCUGACUUCAGGGAGAAGCCAUGGCCGCAGAUCUCAUCCAGCGCCAAGGACUUUGUCAAGAAGCUGCUCAAGAAGGACCCCCGCGCCCGCCCCACCGCCGCCCAGGCCCUGUCGCACCCGUGGGUGAAGGAGGGAGGCAACGCGUCGUCCAUCCCGCUGGACAUAGCAGUGCUGUCCAACAUGCGCGAGUUUGUGAAGUACUCACGCCUCAAGCAGAUGGCGCUCAAGGCGCUAGCGACCACUCUGGAGAGCACGGAGGUGCAGCAGCUGAGGGACCAGUUCAACGCAAUGGACAUCAAUGGGGAUGGCACCAUCACCAUCGAUGAGAUCCGACAUGCGCUCAACAAGGACCUUCCGUAUGAAGUGAAGGAGACCAAAGUGGUGCAAAUCUUGCAAGCUAUGGACACCAACUGCGAUGGCAUAAUCGACUUUGAUGAGUUUGUAGCAGCCACGAUCCAUGUGCAGCAGCUGGAGGAGGCCGACUCAGCCAAGUGGGAGGAGCGCUCCAAGGCGGCUUUCAACCACUUUGACACGGAUGGAGACGGCUUCAUCGACGCGGAGGAGCUGAGAGUGGCGGCACAAGUGAAGGGGUCGCUGGGGCGAUUGAUAGACGAGGGCGAUGUGGACGGGGACGGUCGAAUCAGCCUGCCAGAGUUCCAGAAGCUUCUGCGCUGCGCCAGCAUUAACUCUCGCACUAACACCACCUCGCGAUCGCGCGGCCGCUCGGGCUUCGGAGCGAUUGCUGAGUAG